CUCGGAGCAGCCGCCGCCAUGUUGGCGCUGAAGCGGAACGCGGUGAUCGGCCUCAACCUGUACUGCGGGGGCGGCCCGACGCUGCCCCCCUCCGCGCCGGCCUCCCCCAGCGGCGCGGGGACCCCUCCCGCCCCCGGGCCUGCGGCGGAGGGCGUCCGGCCGGCGACGCUGAUUGGCGGAGCCUCUUGGGGUUCCAACGGUCAUUCUGAGGGGGCCCGGGCGCUGAUUGGCUCCCCCGCAGCCGCCCCGUCUCUGGUGGCCGGGGGGCCCCGGCCCGGCCCGCUGUGGCGGCCGGAAGAGGAACUGGACGGCUGCGACCCCGACGCCGAGCGGAUGGGCCCGCCGGGCGCCGCCGGCGGCUCCCUGCCCAGCACCCCGCCCGCGGAGGACGACGACGAGCUGGACGGGCUGUACCAGGACUCGCUGGAGCUCAUCAGCCGCUACCUGCGGGAGGCCGCGGAGCUCGGCGGGCCCGGCGGCAAGAAGCUCCUCAAGCGGCUGCUGAGCGGGCCGCGGGGCGCCGGCCCCGCCGCCAUGGAGAAGGCGCUGGAGACGCUGCGGAGGGUCGGCGACGGCGUCAUUGAGAAGCACCAGAUCGCCUUCCAAGGGAUGCUUCGGAAGCUAGACAUCAAGAAUGAGGAUGAUCUGAAGUCAGUGACUGCCGUUGCAACCCAUGUUUUCAGUGAUGGAGUAACAAACUGGGGUAGAAUUGUGACACUCAUCUCUUUUGGUGCCUUUGUUGCAAAACACCUGAAGAGCAUAAACCAGGAGAAUUGCAUCAACACACUAGCAGGGAUCAUCACAGAUGUGCUUGUCACAGGCAAACGAGAUUGGCUAGUUAACCAAAGAGGCUGGGAGGGAUUUGUUGAAUUCUUCCGUGUAGAGGAUCUAGAAGGUAGCAUCAGGAAUGUUCUGGUGGCUUUUGCAGGCUUUGCUGGACUGGGAGCAAGCUUGGCCUAUAUGAUGCGAUGAGCCAGGAGUGGUAUAAAUGACCUAAAUGCCAGGUGGGCUAGCUCUCCUUUGCAUCUGGAGUUAUUGAACUGCACACUGCCUACUGUGAGAGAAUACCUAUGACACUGUACUUCGCAGGAACAUAGAGAAUAACAUCUGGGAAUCUUGUUGAGUGACUUCUCCCCAGAAAGGAUAGUAUGGUGCAGUCUGACUGAGAGUACCAAGAGGAUUUUUUGCUAACGAGAACAGAAAAUGAAGCAAGUAACACUGCUUCCUUGAAGAGCCCUGUGAGAGGAUGCUAAGAGUAUUAUUUCCAAGUGCAGCCUUGUCACCUAAGGGGAACAGCUCCUGUUCUGCAAAUCAACAAAAGCACCAGUGGCUCUUACUCUGGACUACCUAGAGGCUUUUAUUAGUUUGGUGUGAUGGCUGUAUGUGGAAUGAGUUUCAUUUCCUUAGCUCUGAGUUGUGAUCAUAGCUCACUGGAAAUGUGGACUAGGGUCCUGUGGACCCACUGAGUCUCUAAGUUUUGUAGCUUGUGUCUUGAGUUAAAAGUGAAAAAAGGUUUAUUCUGGGUAUAACCAGAUAUACCAGCUAUGAGUGGAACUUUUGCUGAAAUAUUCCUACAUUCCAUCAGCAGUAAAAAGGGUACAGUCAAUCUUGAAAGCUGAGAAACCUGACCUAACUGUAGCUAAUCAACCUCAACAGGCUGUCAGAGCUCCUUAGGCCAUUAUUUGCCCCCUCUGUUAUGACUCCCAAAGAACACAUGCAGCUAGAAAGGGAGUGCAGUUGUAAGUAUGUAAAAACUUCCCAGAGGGUGGGGAGGCUGUACAGAGAACUUUGUAAAUGUCUGUAAAACUGUAAAAUAUGUACAUUUUUACAGAGAUCUCUUGAGAAAGAUGGCUUGAGUGAGUCCAGAUCACUUUAUUGAAAUACUAUACUUCAGCCCAUUGCACACAGCAUUUUAUUUUUUGCUUCUUUUACCUGACUUCCACAAAGUGUCUCUUCCUCAUGUACUCUAGUAAAACUGCUAGGCUUUUCUGGCAAAGAUCAGCUAUGUGACUGAUUAUUGUGUUCCCCAUCAUGUGCUGGCAACAGCACAAGUGUUCUUUUUAUUAUUUUGUUUUAAUCUUUGGGCUGUUCCUGACUCUUUAAUGGGUGGGUGAGUGUUCUGGAAGCCACUGUUGGCUAUUUCCUAGUCACGUUUUAUUUUGACCUAUUUUUUUAGUCUUGAUUCAAAACUAAGCUAAUUUGAAUGUAAGCAUUUUCUCAAACUAAAUAAAACUAAAUUGGAUUGAAUCUGCAGUUAGCACCAUGGAUCCAUUAAUUUGACAUAAUUCAAUCCUUCAGUAGCUACUUCUGGACAGACUUGCAGGGAGUAAUCUGGUUUAACUAUGAGGCAGUUGAUUCCCUCUUUGGGUGCACAAUAGUUUCACGUUGAAUUUCGUUUUCAGCAAAAUUAGGUAUUGGUUUUCACUGUAUAAAAUCUUGUUCAGACUGAAUUAGAGUUGAAGUGGAAGCUAAUGUAAAACAAAGCCUAGACUUUAAACAUGGUGCUAGUGUCAGGCUUGCUUGUUUACAUAAUAAAUGAGCAUCCUACUCUUGUCAGUAAA